AUGCGAAAAAACACAUUAAAAUAUAUUAAUUACCGAUCCAUUGAAUGUCAAGAAAUUAUUGUACAAAAGAGAAUUGAAUUGAUUAAAUAUAAUUUUUCUGAUAAUAUAGAAUUGAAUAAUAUAGCUGAAGAAAUUUUAAAAGAAACAAAUGAUUUAUUAGGUAAAGUACAAGAUGUAGAUAAUGAUAAUGAAGAAUUAUUGAUAUUUUGA